CCGGGGCCGCAGGAGCGUCCACAUCCGCACCUCCUGGGUGCCCCGCUGGGUGCAGGACCCUGGGCUGGCGGACUUCGCCUCUUCCAGGCCCCGACCCAGACGAGACACGCAGAGCCUGCACGCUGACCCUUCGCCCCGGAAAAGGAGUUUCCGGUCCGCCCUCCCCCGGAAGGCUGAAGAGCGCAGGCUUCAGCCGAGGACCCAGUGAGGACCCCCACGACCUGCGGGCCAGUUCUUCAAGUUCGUCACCUCAGGAGUUGGGGACUUUCCUGAACCAGAUACCUCUCCAGACAACAAGGGCAGAGCAGUACCUGUGCUACCCCGCAGAACAUUCUGGAAGAGUUGCUGAGUGACAUGGUCUUGGCCCCAUUCCCAGAUGCGAGGCCUUCGGGCCUACCUGUGGCCCCUGAGCACCACCCUCAGUUCUUGCUGAGCCCCAACUUGGGCAUCUCUGCUAUUUGCUCAAACUCGGAACCCACUGAAAACCCACCUGAGGAGGCUGUUGGAGCCCGAGGAAGGCAGGAAUUCUGAAGCUCCCGUUAGGAUAGACCUGGAUCUGCCCCCUCGGCUCAGCUCACCCUACCAUGCGGACUUUGCCCCUCCAGGUCAAGAGUGGAGUGUUAAAAUAAAAUGGAUGAUUUGACGUUACUUGAUCUUCUGGAGUGUCCCGUGUGCUUUGAAAAGCUCGAUGUCACAGCCAAAGUCCUCCCUUGCCAGCACACCUUCUGCAAACCAUGUCUCCAGAGGAUUUUCAAGGCCCACAAGGAGCUGAGGUGUCCGGAAUGCAGGACCCUGGUGUUUUGCAGCAUCGAGGCACUGCCAGCCAACCUGCUGCUCGUGCGUCUUCUAGACGGUGUGCGCUCGGGGCAGAGCUUGGGGAGAGGGGGCUCCUUCCGCAGGCCUGGUGUGCUGACCGCGCAGGACGGCAGGAGAGGCAAGAGUAACCCCAGAGCUCUACAGUCCAGCUCUUUCCGGCUGGUGCCUAAUAUCAGAAUCCACAUGGAUGGGGUGCCAAGAGCAAAGGCCUUAUGCAACUACCGAGGGCAGAAUCCCGGUGACCUGAGGUUUAAUAAGGGAGAUGUCAUCCUUCUGCGGAGACAGCUGGAUGAGAACUGGUACCAGGGGGAGAUCAAUGGAAUCAGUGGGAUCUUCCCAGCCAGCUCCGUGGAAGUCAUCAAGCAGCUGCCCCAGCCACCCCCACUCUGCCGGGCCCUCUACAAUUUUGACCUACGAGACAAAGACAAGAGUGAGAGCCAGGACUGCCUGAGCUUCCUCAAGGACGAUAUCAUCACCGUGAUCAGCCGAGUGGAUGAGAACUGGGCAGAAGGCAAGUUAGGAGAUAAAGUCGGCAUCUUCCCAAUCUUGUUUGUAGAGCCCAACCUCACUGCAAGACACCUCCUAGAGAAGAACAAAGGCCGUCAAUCGGUCCACACAAAGAACCUGUCUCUGGUACCCUCAUCCUCCCGAGGCAAAGCAGCCAACACGCCCACCCUCCGCAGGGGCCCUGGGUCCAGGAGGAAAGGGCCCGGGCAGUUCUCCAUCACAACAGCUUUGAACACUCUCAACAGGAUGGUCCAUUCUCCCUCGGGGCGCCAUAUGGUGGAGAUCAGCACCCCAGUGCUCAUCAGCUCCAGCAACCCCUCUGUGAUCACCCAGCACACGGAAAAAGGAGAUAUUCCUCCCAGCUCUGUGGGGCAGGUCAGCACUUACCAUUCCAUACCUGGCUCCCCAGGACAUUCCGCAGCCAUCGUCAAUCUGUCCGGCUCCCAGCAACACCUCUCAGCAAACAUGUUUGUGGCCCUGCACUCCUACUCAGCCCAUGGACCCGAUGAGCUGGACCUACAGAAGGGAGAAGGCAUCAGGGUCCUGGGCAAGUACCCAGACGGCUGGCUCAGGGGCGUCUCCUUGGUCACUGGGCGGGUUGGCACCUUCCCCAACAACUAUGUCAUCCCCAUUUUCAGAAAGACAUCUAGUUUUCCAGAUUCUCGGAGUCCUGGUCUCUACGCCACAUGGACGUUAUCCAACUCCUCUGUGUCCUCCCAAGGCAGCAUUUCAGAAGGUGAUCCCCGGCAGAACCAUCCCUUCAAGUCCGUCUUUGUGCCCACCGCCAUAGUCAACCCCGUGAGGAGCACAACCAGCCCGGGGACUGUAGGACAGGGCUCUCUUCGGAGAUCCGGGAGGAGCAGCAUGAGAAAGAGUAAGUGGUGGCAGAGAGAUGGAUCCCUGCAGAGGCCCGUCCAGUCAGGGAUCCCCGCCCUGGUGGUGGGCUCCCUCAGACGCAGCCCCACCAUGGUGGUACGGCCUCAGCAGUUCCCGUUCUGCCAGCCGCAGGGGGUCCCCCCUGCCCCCUCCACGGUGGUGGCGGCGGAACUGGGACCGCAGCCCACUCCCACCGGGGAGCCUGCCCUCACGUGUGUCAGCAGAGGCGGUGACACCAGGACCCGCUCAGCCGCCAGUUCCCUCAUCAUGGAAGGCAAGGAAAUCCCUGUCAAGAGCGAGCCUCUACCUAAACCACCUGCAUCCGCCCCACCAUCCAUCCUAGUGAAACCAGAAAACUCCAGAAAUGGCAGCGAAAAGCAAGUCAAAACUGUGCGAUUUCAGAAUUACAGCCCUCCUCCGGCCAAACAGUACACCUCCCACCCCACGUCAGGAAAGCCUGAACAGCCUGCCAUCCCAAAGGGGUCCCAGCCCGAAGCCGCCCCCUCAGGCCCAGAGAUGACCGUCCUAUUCGCCCACCGAAGCGGCUGCCAUUCCGGACAGCAGACAGACCUCCGGAGGAAGUCGACUUUGGGCAAGACCACCACCCCAGUGUCCACUGCUUCGGCCACACAGACCGUGUUUCCCAGCAAAUGAAUCUACGGGUGGCUUUUCCCAGACCCCAAAGAGACCCGGUCUUGGUCAUCUUCCCAGGAGGAGCUAGCAACAACCGGGAUGCUGAAGAGCACAAAUGAUCUGCUGGGAUGGAAACUGCUCAGUGGAGAGUUUGUGGACCACGUGAUAUUCCUAUGGACAUCAGGAAUGGUACCGGAAUACCAACAGGCUGGCCUCUGGGACAGAAAGGCAAUAGGAGAAAGAACAAAUCUGUCUUCAUCCAGAGUAUCCGUGGGUGGCGAGCCAGGAUGGGGAAUAGCACAUGAGCCAUGUUCUGUUCCAGGUUACAGCAGAUUCCCACCUCUCCUGGUAGUCUGUUCUGUUGUCAAAGCCAAGCUUUGUCUUGCCAGUUUCUCACACCUUGGCACCUCACUGACAAAUGAGAAGACUAGACUUCAGGUUCCUUCCAGCUCUGUGACUGGCCUGUCUGUGCAGCUCACAUUUGGAGCAGUGCAGGUAGGGGAUGGUAUCACAUUCUCCUCUUGGAUAUUCAAGCCAGAGAAUCCAAUGCUUCUUCACAACACCCCUAGCCUUCACCCCCUCUCCUGACUCCCACCAAGCUUCCUGUGUCCAUCCACCACAUCUUUGUUCUUUUCCAUUCCAAUUUCAUGCUGUCUUUUCCCCCUGACACUCUCUGGUCCAGAGGAUUUCUGUUCCAACAUACUGAUCAAAGAAAUGAGGAAUUGGUACAUAAGGAAUCUCAGAAGAAAAUGAUGAUGUAAUAAUAGAAAUACCACAGAUUACAGUGCGUACAGUGAGGCUAUUUCAAGUCUAAAGAUAUAAAAAUCAAUUAUAACCAUUCAUUCUUUUCUGUUCAGAGUAAGUCAUCCUAAAGGGCAAGUCACUAGAAGAUCUUCUAUGCCUGGUUUAAAAAAAAACUCUAAAAUACAAAUUUUACAUCCAAUGUGGAGCUUGAACUCACAACCCUGAGGUCAAGAGUUGUAUGGUCUGUCUACUGACUGCUCCAGCCAGGCACCCUGACCCUAAAAUACAAAUUUUAAAUUGUCUCUGUUAACUGGAGAGAGACAUGGCACAGAUAAAUGCAAUUUGGAAAUACCCUGAGACUCUGAGCUGUGCAUUUUCAUCUUCUCCUCUAUCUUAAGACAUCAGUGAGAAUUUCUUCAAAGCACAUUCUGCCCUGAUUUUUAAAGACAAUGACAAGAGCACAGCAGUAUUUGGAUAUGUUGGUUGUUUUAGAGUUCAGAAUUAUUAUGUUGCACUGAUACACCUGAGUCUUUCAUCCAACCCUGCUGGUAAGCAGGAGCAGGCAUCAGCCAAACCGUGAGCAGAGUAAGGGAUAGAUUUUGUGGUUACAGAAAUGGUUUCUUCUAUGUGAAGGUGCCACAUGGAGGACUCAACCUAGCACCCAUCUCCUAAUUAAAUGAAUAACUUGGACUUUUUACCACAACCUACUCUCAGCCCUGGUGGAAAGUGGUAAUAAGCAAAAACAUGCCCUGCUGUGUUGGCAGUAUCUGCGAGGUGGUGAGUCAGAAGGCAAGAAGUAGGGAGAGACCACAGAGAGAAUAGUACAGUGAUGACAUUGCCUCUCACACAUGGUCAGUGAUGCUGUUGCCAAUUGUCCAUCAUCCCUUGUCUCCUAACUGCUAUGACUAAAUGUUAGUUCCAUUUCCUCUGGAAUGAGUUCAGGUUUGGUUGGCCCCUCUUUAGCCUCAGCAGCAAAGAAUAUAGAGAUGCCACCUUCAUAUUCUGGAACUGACUUGUUACUACCAUGAGGCCUUGUAGCACACGUAUAAAUAGGUUUCAGUAACUUCAUUUUCCAAGGAAAGUCAUAGAAUGUCAGAGUUGGAAGGAAUUUUACUUUCAUAGAUGAUGUAUGAAAAGGGAAGUAUAGGCAAGCUGCCCAUACAAAAGCAAGCUGCAUAAACUGGGGGGUGGA